AUGCAGCUGGUUCUCGCCUUAUUCUCCAUCGUUGUUGUUGGCAUCGAAAACUCUUUUCAAAAGGUUUACAGUGACGCUGAGUAUCUUGAAGACAAAUGCACGGUUCAAUCAACUGAUAAUUACCAUACGAGAUUGGCCUGUGGAGCUGUUGUGAUAUGUCGUCCAAAGGAAAUGUCGAUAUCUCUUCCCAAGGCCUUGCUUGCCACAGUUGCCCGAGAGGACCUCCGCCUGCUGGACUCUAACUGCACAGCAACAGAAAAUGCCACACACUUUGUUCUUACGACAUCUCUGAUUGGAUGCGGCACAUUUAAUAGACACACUGACAGCAGUGUAAUAUACAGCAAUAAGGUUCGACAAGUUUACUCUGAGACAGUGAUCAUAACACGGGCUCCAGAAAUUCAGAUUUCUUUCAGCUGCCAUUAUUCUAGACACGGCUUAGUGUCAACUGGUGCAAUCCGUGGUAAGGACACAGAAGACAAUUUUGAACCUGAAGAUAAUCAUUGUUGGAAAAACAGGUUUCUUUUGUAUCGUCGUUUUCCAUCGUGUCCUGUUGAAUCUACUGACAGGACCAUUGAAACAAGACUAAAGCCAUGAAUAACAACGUCAAUAACAGAAGACACAGACGCGACAACAAUGAAGAAAGGACAACACACGAUCGUCCAUUACAAAUCGAUGUCCUGAUGCUAUGAAAUAAGUGCAUGAACAUCGAAAUAUACUUAGGUGAAAAAAUAAUUAAGCAAUAGUUGUUGAAGAUAAUCAGUCGACGAGCAACGCGGUAGUUUCUAAGUGGAACGUGUUAAUAGCCAGAGUUUGUUCCUGUGUCAUUGCCGUUUAUUUGUUGUGCUGAGAAACGCCGAGUGAGUUGAUCGUUACCCCUAAACAUCGGUAAGCAUAUGUUCCACACUGUUCUCUAUACAUUUCCUAUCUGUCGAGAGCUCCUUCAGUUGGUGUUCAUUUCCUUUAUUCUCGAGACCUUAAUGUGUGAUGCAGGGGUUGCAUUGUAAGGAGAAAUUAGGUUCUAGUCACUCUUUAUGAUCAAAAGGUUGAAGUAUCUUUGAAUCGAACACAUUACACUUCAUCCACGUAAUGUCAUGGUCCGAAGACUAACAUUUUCCGCGUUCACAUUAUGUAAAUAACUCCAAGAUAAUAAAAGAAAUCAAUA